GUUAGAACUACAACAGAGUGAUUGUUGUUUCCUAUGCAACGGUCUAUUCUAGCGUUUCCAUGGAAGUGACUCUUCGGGAUUCCAGACGCGUUACAUUAUGUCUUAGGCAAAAAUAUCUCCUUUCUCUACCUUAAAGUUCUUUGGAUUCAGUAGAAGAAGAUUUAAAUUCGACGGGCGUUAGAAAUCAGAGACAAAAUCACAAGUCUGGUACCAGUGGCGAGUAAUCGUAAAAAGGCCAAGGUUCAUCAUGGACCGUAGCUCGAGGAGGAGGAGAAUAAGAAGAUGAUGAUGAUGUCACAUACAACAACAAGAACAAAAUAGUUUUCCUUUAGAAAAAUUGUAACAUAACACUACUACUACGUCAGGUUUCUAAAAAUGGCCGCAUCUUCAGUAAAACUCCCAUAAAAUAGUAUGUCCUUCCUGUUUCGACGAACAAGGUUGAAAAUUCCAGUCGAAUGUGAUUGCAGAUAUCAGGGAUAUGCAAACCACUGUCCGUGGGCUGGAUGAGGGCCAGAAAUUAAUUCACUCAGAUUUGCGACAGGGUGGAGAGGAGUUUGCAGGACAAGUUGGCUUAGUGUUUGUGAUUGGAGGAAUGGUGGGCUCUGUUAUCUUUGGAAUAAUACUAGACAAGACACACAAGUUCAAGGAAACUACAGUUGCUGUAUAUGGAUUUUCAGCAUUGGGCAUGUUGGCUUUUACCUUCACUUUAGGACUUGGAUCUAAAAUUCUUGUUUACAUAACAUCAUCUUUUGUUGGCUAAGAUGAUCAGCUUGAAUACUUAACUGAAACUCAAGUUAGGAUGCAGGUUAAUAUCAAAUCAUCUUAAAAGUAUGAAAGCAACACUGAAUUCAUAUGCAUUGCAACUACUGAUUCUUAAUGGCGACUGCCAAAAAUAGGUCAUCUUUUUCAUUUUACAUUUGGAUGGCUCAUUUUUUUACUGCUUGUUGAUAAGACUAAUCACUUUUGGACUUCCACUGGAAAAUAUAUGAUAAUGGUUUAAUGUUUUCACUUAGAUGUUUUUUGGGUGGAUAUAUGCCUGUUUGAUUCAAGCUGGGGUCUGAAAUUACAUAUCCUGAACCAGAGGGCACUACUGCAGGAAUAGUGAUUCUUGGGACACAGAUUCUGAGUGUGUUCCAUGCCAUGGCCUACAGCUGGAUGGUUCAUGUGACUGGUGACUUCUGGGCUAACACUGUCCUGACCAUCACACUUCUUAUCGGAACUGGAUUGACUGCCAUGAACCCUUCAGAUUUACGCCGACAAAAUGCACAUAAGGCAAAUAUGCUGCAUGACAAGUCACUGUAGUACAGAAUGCAAAUAUGCUACAUGUCUGUCCGAUGACAGUAGCACACAAGGAAAAAUGUGCUACCUGUCGGGCAGAUAAAUGUAAAAAAGAAUAAAAUUUGUUAUAUGUCUGAUGGAUCAGGGUACACAGGAACUAAGUAUAUUACAUAUCUGACAUACUACUGUACCAAAGAAGCGAUUCUGUUGUAGCAACGAACCAAAUACACUGCGUGCUUGACACAUCAUAUGUAUAACAUGUUUAACAGAUCACUUAAAAGACACAAGCCAAAUAUGCUGCAUGGUCAAAACAUAACUGUAACACACAAGCCAAAUGUUCUACAAGCCUGACAGAUUCCUGUACACUUUGUUGUGUCUGGUACAAAAAAUAAGGUUACAAAUUGAUGAUACCAUAUCUACAUGUGCCAUAUUUCAUUUCCACAAUUACAGAAAAGAUUUCAGUUACAUUUAAUUUUGAUGGUCUAUACUGAAAUGUGGGGACUGCAACUGUGCUCAGUCUAGAAACUGCUGGUGUAAUGUGACAGUGAAAAUGAACAUUCAGGCAUUUUUGUGUCUUGUUGAUGUUAUUGUAAAGCUAUUGUAUUUUUUGUUGAAUACUUUCAUUACUCAUUCAUUCAUUUUUAUUUUAUCCCGCAGAUCAAUAUACAUUAAUAUAGGAUAUGUCCAUGUAUAUUAUUAUCGAAAUACAUUAAUGAUUAUGGUAUAAACUUAUUAGAAACAUAGCUUAUUCUACACAUCUGCUCGUCAGUAGCCAAUAUUAUAGAAUUCUUCAUUCAGAUAAUCUUCCAUUGAAUAAUAGCAUCUCUUAAUAAGUAAAUCAUUCAAUUCCUUUUUAAACUGGUUCUUGUUACCUAUUUGUUUUUUGCUGUUGUUAGGCAUUUUGUUGUAGCUACUGAUGGUUUACUUCUAUAAAGUUCUACAUCAUUUACUAUGUAUGACAGUCAUUAUUUCUUGUGUUAUAUGUAUGUGCUUGUUUAUUUACAGCACAGUUACACUUUUCUUUUGCAUAUAAGGUUCUUUCUUGAAUGUAUGGUGAGUAUACUGUUAAUAUGUUCA